CGUCGCCGUGGGAAGCGCUGGAGUCUCCUCGGCGUCUCUCUUGGCCUCUGAGCCCGCGCUCGGCAGAUGAAAAAUUCUUGCAAAAUGGCAAAUUAUUGAAGGGCAUUCAAGCAUUUGCAUAUCACUUAGGGAGUAAGGAUUUCCUAUACUUCAAGAAGAAGGGUGGUGAUCACAAGUUUCAGAUGCUAACAACAGAAGACCUGUGAUCCUUGUAUCUGCGCUUAUAUUUGAAACAAAUAUGGUUUCUGUCAUCCUGCUGAUUCUUGUCUCUAGUUUACGGGCAAAUUCUAAGUUUUCUAAAAAGUUGGUGCAGAUUUGAAAUUUUCCUUUCACUAUGGCCAUUUGUGGUAUAUUCUUCUAAUUCCCCCAAACUGCAGUCACUACAGAAACGUAUGCUCUAGUAUGCAAGCAGUUCUUCUGCUUCAACAUUCUGAUCCAAGUGACACUGGUGAAGAAGAAGAAUGAGAAUGACUACUUUCUGUUGACUCCCAGCAGCAUGUCAGGGUACAUUCCCAGUUACUUAGACAAGGACGAGUUAUGUGUUGUUUGUGGUGACAAGGCCACUGGAUAUCACUAUCGUUGUAUCACUUGUGAAGGUUGCAAGGGUUUUUUCCGAAGAACAAUUCAAAAAAAUCUUCAUCCAACUUACUCCUGUAAAUACGAAGGAAAAUGUGUGAUAGACAAAGUCACAAGAAACCAGUGCCAGGAAUGUCGCUUCAAGAAAUGCAUCUAUGUUGGCAUGGCAACAGAUUUGGUGUUGGAUGACAGCAAGCGACUAGCAAAAAGAAAACUGAUUGAGGAAAAUCGGGAGAAAAGACGUCGAGAAGAAUUACAGAAAACAAUUGGAGUGAAACCUGAACCGACAGAUGAGGAAUGGGAGCUUAUUAAAAUUGUUACGGAAGCACAUGUGGCCACAAACGCACAAGGAAGCCACUGGAAACAGAAAAGGAAAUUUUUGCCAGAGGAUAUUGGACAAGCACCAAUAGUAAAUGCCCCAGAAGGUGGGAAAGUAGAUUUAGAAGCUUUCAGCCAGUUUACAAAAAUUAUCACACCAGCAAUCACAAGAGUGGUGGAUUUUGCCAAAAAGUUGCCUAUGUUCUGUGAGCUGCCAUGUGAAGAUCAGAUUAUACUUCUGAAAGGUUGCUGCAUGGAGAUCAUGUCCCUGAGAGCAGCAGUGCGCUAUGACCCGGAGAGUGAGACCUUAACACUAAAUGGAGAAAUGGCAGUAACAAGAGGACAGUUGAAGAAUGGGGGUCUUGGUGUAGUAUCAGAUGCCAUUUUUGACUUGGGUAUGUCACUAUCAUCAUUCAACCUUGAUGACACGGAAGUUGCUCUUCUUCAGUCUGUACUGCUGAUGUCUUCAGAUCGCCCAGGUCUUGUCAGCAUUGAAAGAAUAGAGAAGUGUCAAGAAAGUUUCCUCUUGGCGUUUGAACACUAUAUUAAUUACAGAAAGCACCACAUUGCACACUUUUGGCCAAAACUGCUGAUGAAAGUGACAGACCUACGAAUGAUUGGAGCCUGCCAUGCUAGCCGCUUCCUGCACAUGAAGGUGGAAUGCCCCACAGAACUCUUUCCUCCUUUGUUCUUGGAAGUGUUUGAGGAUUAGGAAGACUGGAGAGAUUCUCGGAAAUUCUAUAGCACUACUGGGUGUCAUUUCAUUCCAUUGCCUAGUUUUUUUCUUCUUACUUUUGGUCCAUUCCCAUUUUGUUCCACCUCGUUUGGAGGAUUAUUUUUAAUAGGCACGAAUGAAUGAAGAUGUCCCUUCAAUGCGGGUACUUGUCACAAUUGCGUUUUUUGUGUGUCCUUUACUCCUUUCGAUGUGAAUCCUUUGAGAGUUUGACCUCAAGAAUUUUAAGUUUAUUCACCAGCACUCAGGUGACCCAUAUAAUUGUUUGGAGAGAGAGAGAUAAAAUAUAAAUAAGUUGACAUAGCAAGAAAAUGGAUAGAUAAAUCCUGCCAUAUUUUAUACAGUAUUAACUCACUUUCUGGAUGUGAGUCUUCUGCUGAGGAAUUUAGCACAAUCUAGCAAGUGUUAGUCUGCUGAAGACCAAAUUAAAUCAGUUGCAGUUAUAUACAAAUUGGCAUAUAAUUCAGCUGUAUUGAGUUCACUGCAGUGUGCUCCCAGAUAACCAGGUAUAGCGUUGCAACUUUAGCCAUGCCUAAUUUCACCUUGCCAUACUUAAGAAUAGGUAUUUUUAUCCAACUGAAGCUUCCCACGACAAUCAUAAUUGCAUCAUCAUUUUGAGGUUAUGUGUAUCUUAGAAAUCCAAUUACAGGUACUCUUCGUUUGACAACUGCCCCGUUUAGCAACCAUUCGAAGUUAUGACAGUGCUGAAAAAGUUCCUUUACAACCGGUCCUCGCACUUACAACUGUCACAGUGUCCCACAGUCACGUGAUCGCCAUUUGCGCACUUCACAGCCAGCUUCCGACAAGCAGAGUCAAUGGAGAAACCGGCAGUAAUAUCACAAGUUGCGGUCAUGUGAUAUCUUGCUUAACGACCACGGGUGAUUCACUUAAUGACUGCAGUGGGAGUGAUGUCAUAAUUCCAGCACAGUCACAUGAUGCUUUGCUUAACCACCUUGCUGGUCCUAAUUGUGGUUGUUUAGCGAGGAUUACCUGUAUUUAUAUGAUUGCAUCUUUUAUAGAACCUUUAACAUCUUUAAAAAAUGCUCCAGAAUGCAAGUAGAGUCCUUUUUUUGUCCAACUGAACAUUGCUUCUCAUUUCUUCUUUCAUUCAAUCCAAAACCAAAACAAACCAGGAAGGGAAUAAAUAAAUUUAAAACUUCUACAGAGCCAAGAUCCUAAUCUGUUUUCUCUUUAAUGGUAAUUUGGAUGCAUUAGAGGCGUAGUUGGCUGUAUUUCUCACACUUCCCAGUAAUUAUUUUAAUAAGAAAUUGAGUCAGUAGCAAGAUAUACUACUACUGUAGUCAGUUAGGUGGGGCCCUUGCCACUUAUAUGCUUUAAAAUAUUCACACGAUAAUGACUUUAAGAGAUGCCCUGUUUCCCUCCAUUGUGUCUGUUCUAGUGAAUGUAGUUCCUAAACCAUAAAACAUCUGUGCAAUGAAUUCCUCUGUUUAAUAUGAUACAUCUGAAAAGGUUUUCUCUGUCUUUUUUUUCCCAACUCAACAAAAAUUAAUUCUAGGUAUCUGUAAUAAACCUUUCCAUUCUGUUCUGUACAUCUAUAUAUCCUUUUUCUUCCUGUAUACAGUCACCCUUCCAGUGACUGUAAAUCAGUAACCUGGAUCCUGGGAUUUGUGAAUCUCAUUUCAUACAGUCAAAGGACGUGGGCCUUUAAUUUUUCAUGAACAGUAAUUGCCACAAAGUGCCAUGUGCUUUGACAUGGAAAUCUGUUUCAAGAAAAAAGAAUUGACAAAAUGUAAAUUGUUAGGUACACUCAGGCUUUUGGAUCCUAUUCCAGAUGAAUAGCUGAAAGUCUAGAUUCAGAUUCACUUUGUUCUCUUCAAAAAUGUUUGCACUCAGGUAGACUGUCACUGUGGACAAAAUUAGAACUGUAAUAUUCAUUUCAGCCAUGCUUAAUUCCAUUGGCAGCGGAAGUCUUUUCAAUGUAUAUGCACCAAAUAUAUGGCCAGAGUUCAGUGCAGAGUUAGGUGUACUGUAUUUAAGUUAUUUUCAGUGGCUUAAAUACACUUGAUUUACAAUCUACAAAAGUAGUCUUUGUCGGUAAAUGUGAAACCAUGCCAGUAAAUCUUUCAUAGUCUGCUUGAAUUGGAUGGGAGAAAUGCUUCUUAAACAUAAAUGGCAUGCUGACUUCAGUGUUUUAGCUUUUACUAAACAAAAGUCCACAUUCCCAAUUGCUUUCUGUAAAACAUUUGUAGUUCUACAGCAGCAUAAAUCAAGACGUCAUUGAGCGUGCCUUACCGAGGAUUUUUUUUCUGAAAGUUAUUUUCUCCUGGAUGAUAUCCUCUAUGGGGCUUCACAGGCAAGGGAUGAAUUAUGUUCCUUGGAUAAUCUAGCCUGCCUACAGAAUAGGCCGAGAAGGUUAUUGUGAUUGGAGAGACUGUUACAGACUUUGCAGUUUCUUACCUUUUACAAAUUUCUGGUAACAUAAGCAUUUAUACAUUUUCAAAGUUGACUACUAGCUUAAGACCUCUAUCCAAAAACACAGUUGAAUCAAGUUGGGAAAUUUUUCCAAAAUGGUCACAUUUAAAUCUGCCCAGCCAAAGUAUGUGUGAAGGAUAUUGGAGGCAAUAAGCUUAUUUGGUAAGAAAAGAAAUGAAGAUGUACCAUAUCCUAUGAUUUUUUUUCUCUUCAAUUCAACCUUCCCAGGACCCAGAGGUGUACACAAGACUAGAGGCUUUCAUCGAAAUGAUAUCGUUGCAGUAUUGCAUCGCAAACUUCGUUCUUUUCAUACAUGUGUGCAGUGUCAUGACAUAUGAACAAAAGGGGUGGAGUUUAUGGUGGAAUGCUGCUUUCAUCAUUUGACCUCCCUCACAGAAGCUUUUGCUGAAACCUGAUACCUUUUAGAUGUGUUGUGACUGCAACUCCCAAAGUUUUUAAUCAACAUGCCAGAAGAUCAUCAAGUUGCAGAAGUAUAGAGUGGCACUGGAGAGGGCGGGACUUAUUUCCCUAUCCCAUUUUUGUUAUUUAAACCUCCAUCUUUUCUUUACCUUGUUAGGGAAAAUACAUGAGUAUACAUAUCUGUUAUUAACUUGAUAAGCGACAUCAUACCCUAGCUGGUUUAGAUCACAAUGCAAGCAGAAAUUAUUUCUAAAAUCUUCCUAGUGUUGCUAUUCCUCUUCGCUGUCCCAAAUACAAAUGUCUAUGUUAGUGUUUACUUCCAUGUAAAUCUUUCCAAGAUUGUAACCUAAAAGAGAAAGGGGCAUCCAGCGAUGACUCUAGAAUACCUCACUUAACUGUUGGCCUUAAGAAUGAAUCUUGGAUCCAACCUCUUGGGUCCAAUAGGUGUGAUGCUCCAUAGCUUUUCAGUCAUCUGCUGUAAGAAGAGAACAACUACUCCCAUCCAUUGCCUUUACCUUGAGCAGGGAGGAAUCUCCCUAUUGCUAUGAAGCAGUUCCCAUUCUAGAAGAAUAGGGUGCGAUAUGUAUAAAACACAUAACACAUCUUACAAAUCAAGAACACAACCUAAUGUUAUGUUUCGAUUUGCAUUAGUUCUUUGUGAUACAGUAUUCUAAAACUAAGCCCCCAUUUAAACAAAAGUAUAUGGAAUUGAUUCGUAUUUGGUUAUCAGUGUGCUUUAUGCUAUUCAGACAACAGUCCAUCGGGAUGGGUUUCCAUUUUUCAUCCAUUAAAACUCAAGAACCACAUUUUGAUUCGUAGAAGCUUGAUCUCUCAAACUCAAUGGAUAUUCUGACCCUAGGAUUCCAGUUGCUAUUAUUUUUUUCAUGUGAACUUCUGCUGAAGUUACAAUGGUUUCCAUUUUUAUUUACACCAGAGAAACAGAGAGUAUUUUAAAUUGUUAAAAUCUGAUCUCUCAGGUUUCUUUUUAACAAAAUAGUCCCAAUCCUUCAAGCGCUGGUAUAAGAUUUUAAGAAACUUCUGGCAGCAUCUUCAGCUAUAGAUUUCAUAAUGAUUACUAGGAGUGGUAAGUUCUACACCCAUUUAUUCUCUGUGGGGAGGCUGACUACAAGACAUCUGAAUUUUUGACUAUGCAGCUUAAAUUCUGAUAGUUUAUGGAGUCCCAUGCUGUUCAGGUUUGUUUUCUGCUGUAGGUAUAGUGUCAAGUGGAGCAUUCUACAAAAUAUGAUUUUUUCUUUUUAAGAAUAAUUGUUAUCUUUAAUAUGUCCUACUCUAAAUGAUAGGUAUUUAAGCUGCCUGUGUUUAAUGUUGCAAUGCAGUUCCAUAGUGUUUUUAAAUUGGGAAGGAGGACAGUGAUGAACUUUACAGUGGAAUAACCAUUUUAAAAGCAAUCAUUUUAAAAGCAACAACACUGUGCCAAAUGUUCAAUGUCUAAUUCUGACACCUAUAUGAUUUAUCUUUGUGUUAAAUUAUUCACGGUAGACUUAAAAAGGCAAAACAAAGUCAAAAGGAAUAUGGCUGAUUUGUGGAAGGCAAUCUGCCCACACUGCUCUACUGAAUAGACCAUAAGAAUAUUGUUGCUAGUGAUAUGUUUCAUGCUAUGGAACCUUAAAAUGUCAAUGUCACAUUGACAUGCUGCAUAAAUUGUCAGUAACAUCACUCUCACGGUUUUUAAGUCUUACGGUUUUUCAGAUGGAGCCAAUUUUUUUGUGGGACUAGGCCUUUAUUUCCUCUUUGGCAAUUAGAAUCAAAACAGGUGAAGACUCAUUCAGUUCUUGCCUUAUUAGAAAGCAAGUGUGGUCCAUAGGAUUAAAAAAAAUUGAGAUGAAUAAAAUCAAGAACAUUUGACUUUAUUUUUCAGCUGUGCCAUUGACUUACAGGGUGACCUUGGGCAAGUCACUAUCAGACAUUUGUGCCAGAAUAAGUUUCUGCCUCAUUUUGAUAGUUAAGAUAAAUGUCAAUAACAUUGUGCACGCAUUCAUGAUCUAUUAAGAAAUAUUUCUUUGCUUGCCUUUUUGCAGCUUUGAAAUAGCAAGACCUACAGGCCACGUUAUGCUAUGUCCUGUUGUAAUUUUCUGCUAGUAGUUUGAUUUAUCAGAUCUUUCCUUUUGAUAUUAUGUUGCUAUGACCCAUGAAUAAAACUUUAUAGGGACAUGACAUCCUUGAUAGUAGGGGUUUAUUUUCCACAGACACAAACAAAAAACAGGUUUCUUUUAAAAUAAAAUAUGGUUCCUUUUUUUAAAAAAAACCAUCAAUACAAACAUUACCAUAAUGUGAAAAAUGUUCAGCCCUUCUCACAAAGUUCUUACUGUGUUGUAUAAAUGCUAUCAAAUGCAAAGAUUCUGCCUUGCUUCUGUGUAUUAAUCCCCUUUCAACUAUGUUGCCUUCAGAAGCAGUAUUGUGCAGGUAAAAAUAUGUUUGUGACUCUAUUUUGCACAGUUUAACUUUAUGAAGCUAAUUGUUAUUUAUGCACAAGACAAUCAAAUGUAAAUCUGCAUCCAUGUAGAUGGAAUUGAUGUAAAUUACCUAGCACAAUGUAAAACAUUAAAAAGACACUUUAAUUUUGCAGCUGAAAUUAUGAAAGUGAGAAGAUCAUACCAUGGCAUGAAAAAAUAACAUUUAAUUUUUAAAACUAUUUUUUUCCUUAUGUCAAUUCUUCUAGAAUUCCUCAAAAUGACUUUUUGUUUCUUUUCAUAAUAUUAAGGUGGAUGCUGCUGAGCUUUGGAUGUGGUCUUUUUAUGGUUUGGAUUCAUUCAGACUAAGUUUGAAAGUACACAGAUUAGAAAGGCUGAAGAUUCUGGGAUAAAAUUUAAAUGUUUUGUUUGUUUUGUUCUGUUUUUUUUUUCCUUUCAAACAGUGUUAAAUAUAUGCUAGAUGGGUAAUAUUUUUUUCAGCCUAAAAACUAUAUUAAAUAUGUGAUCAUAAAUGUUUUAAACUACCUGAAGAGAAAUUUGUAUAUUUGGGAAAAGAAUAUAAUUUUUACAUAGCUUUUGUAUGCAGAUAUUAAUAUGUAAUUACGACCAUAGUGAGCAUAGAUUAUUGUGUAAGCUUGAAUUCUAAAAACAAACAUCUUACAACUGA